AUGAAUAAGACGUCCCUUGAAAUCAUGCAAUACAACAAGCACCGAUCGAAGGAUGUCGUCACGGCGGACUUCCUACGCAAUCCCAGGGUUCUCGAAGCCGAUAUCAUCGCGGUUCAGGAGCCGUGGGAUAACCCGUACACUGAAACAACGCAUCACCCCGCAAAGCAAACACAUGAGCUCGUCUUCCCAAGCAUCAAUGAAACGGACUCACAUACCGAUGCCCUUAUUGAACCGACCGACACGGCCGAGUUGGACCUCUGGCUAACGCCCGGCACUAUCACCCACGAUGAAUCAGGCCAUCAGACCACUAUCGACCUGGUCUUCGGCUCUCAUGAUCUAUCGGACCUCUUCCUAGUCAACGAGAUUGCUCACGAAUGGAAUGCCCACCCAGAUCACUUACCAAUACAUACUGUACUCAGAAUUAAAACUUCUAAUCCCGCCGACAGCAAGCCGAGACGGUGGAAGUAG